UCGCAGUUCGUCUCUUCCUUGCUUUCCUUCCUGUCCUUUCUUCAACCAAGCUCUCAGCUUUCCUGUUCCCUCUUGUCCGCCUUCGCACCUUCAGUGUUGUCUAGCCGCGGACACAGGGACUGUUUCGGACACCCUCUUCAUCGAAGCACGCCACCAGUCGAAGAACAAAGCGUUCACCAGUGCCCAAGCGUCCUCCCGCCAGGCGGGGUGCCUUUCUCAGGCCGGGGCUUUUCUAGCUUCAGUGUCACUUCAUCGCUUUCUUCAAAGCCCUCACUGUCUGCUACGAUCAGCAAUCCCUCUUCUCUCCCCCACGAACGAAGACCUGUCAUGCCUUCUACUUCCACCAAGUACUACAACAGGCCUUCGUUCUUGGCGUCACCCCCAGACUACGCUCUGCCUUCGUGGUCUGAUCAUGGCCCUUCGAGGGACGUGUAUAGGGAGCACAAUGGGAGGGAGGGGACCCAAGGCGCCUCGUCUGGCGCAGCCAUGCUCGCCAUCGCGCACGCGAACACUCGCAACAACAUCCCGCGAAGCUUCGGAUCUGUCGGGGCGAGGAUGUACGCGGCGUCGCAGGAUCAGCACGCCAGGGUGCCCUUCCCUGACCCUCCGACUCUGGCUGACAUACAGCGGAUGGAGCCAGACCUGUCCCCUGCAUCCAUGCGGCGCCGCGCCUCUGAUGUGGAUGACCGUCCCUUGCCCCAGGAGUUGAUCGAUGAUGCUAUGGGCGACGAGGAAUCUGACGUCUCCAUGUCCCCUCCGUGCUACGUGAGCGGAGACUUCUACCUUGAUCGCCCGGUCAUUGAAGAGUCGUCUCCCAUCAUCUUCGGCACGGUCGCACAGGACCAGGUUGCCUUCGGUGGAGCCUCUGCGAAGUCUCUUGGCUGUCCGUCGGCCCUUGAACAGGAUAUCGCGAUGGAAGAGGACAGCCAGUCUUUCUUCGACACGCCAAGCCCGACGGUGGUCAGCCGCGACACGGUCCAAGACCAGAAGCUACAGGAGAAUGUGGCUUUGACCGAGUGGGCUGUGUGCUACAUGUACGACUACGUGAUGACGGGUGAAUUGCCCAAUGAUGACUCCACAAACCGUAUCGCAGUCUGGCGCAACUUCAAAGCUUUUGGUGGUGCCGUCGAGCGUGUUUGGAACAUCCUUUCGGCGAUGUCGCUUCCGCGGUCCGCAGUCUUCCUCGCCCUUUGGUAUGCGACCCGCCUUCGCGCCUCUCACCGUACCCCCAUCUCGCAGAAGGAUGCUGCGCGGUACAGGCUGCGGUCUGCACUCUUGGACAAUGGCAGGGCACCCAUUGAAGAUCGUGUCGUAAGGAGCCUCGUUGUAGGCCUCAUGAUGGCGGACAAGUGGUUAGAUGACCACACCUUCAUCCUCAAGACCUGGCAUGAGGUGACGGACAUUCCCAUGGCUACGCUGCGUAGCAUGGAGGCCAACGCGUUGGCCGUUCUCAACUUCAACCUGACGAUCAAACCGUCUGUUUGGCAGUUGUGGCUUGGGCAUAUCGAAGCCUGGCACGUCAAUCUGGGGGAUGUUUGCUUUACCAGGGAGCAUCAGCGUACGACCAUAGACAACAUCCUAGACGACAUCUUCACCUCUUCUCGCCCAAGCGAUGAUCCUGCCCACCCCGAGCCUCGUUUCCUGCUUGCUCCAAAGCAUUCCAUCGCCGACCAAGACCAGAACAGUAUCUGGGACCUUCGCACGUCUGCGCCCGAGUGUCCUGAUCUUCCUGCCCCAGCGGAAUGGGUCCCCGAGAAGGAUCCGGUCGUAUAUAGGGCGAAGCCGAGGACGUCCGGCACUGCGCCGGGCAUGUACCACGCCAACGGUCUCACCGCCCAAGAUAUCGCGAACGCAAUGGCGGGUGGCGUCCCGGCGACGUUACCGCCUCCUGGCCUACAUGGCAAAGUUUCCCGGAACGCGUCGAUGAUCCAUCCGUCAUACACGUAUGGUGGUUAUGGGUACCCCGUCACAAAUGUGCGGUGUGCUCCUUCGUGGGGUGCUGCGCCAGUAUACUAGUCGAUGUUCUGGACUUUCCUUCUCUCUUUCCUUCUGUCUUUCUGGCAUGGCCGAAUAGCCACCCAGGGGACCGUUAUGCCUAUCCUUCAUCAUCUUGUAUUUGUGGGCCCCGCGCUCGCGCGGUUCUAGCUCACCAAUCAUGCAUCUCCUGGAUACGCCUCUUCUCUCUCUUAGUGGAAACCCUACUAAUACACCCUCCUUGGAGUCAUUGGGUUGGCGCUGCGCGAACGCGCUUAGAUGUGUGGUUCACCUCCUACUGUACGGGCUUGGUAGUCGACUCCUGGAGCUUGUUCAUAUCUACUAUCAGUGAUUACUUUUCGGUUCCUCGCAACGAACAUUGAUACUGUAGUUAGCCUAGUUGACCUCCCCGUCCGUCGUCUCUUGACUUCUUUUCACGUCUGGCCCGCUUUUCGUGAUGCGUGUUUUGUGUUUUUCGUCCGGCCGUAUCUUACCUAUCUCUACCUACUCCUUGACUGCUCUCGGCGCUCUGUGGACUCGGGCAUCGGUGUCGGUUGGUGUUUGUAUAUUUUGGUAAUCUAGUGGGGACGGUAUGGCUCGGUGUGGCUUAUACAUACGUUGGACGACGACGAUUUAGUACGUUCCUGCAGUAGAUACGCGGUCUUACUCUACUCUAUGAAUGUCAGAUCCUCUGGUCGUGUCCA